AAUCCCGGUAUGGUAGUCACACGCCAUUUAGCCUUACUCUCCAUCACAACUUCGACUUUUGAUCACAGAAUCCCCCCAUCACAGAAACUUUAUCAACUUCGACUUUUCAUCACAGAAUCCCUUCAUAAUAAACAAUGCCAUCAGAACCACCCUCCCUCUCGACCCUACCCGCUACGGUGGCCUCAGAUAAAAAAGCAUCUCAAGGCGAACCAACUAUACGGUUUACAAACGUUAAAGAGCUCCUCCAGGCAAUCAAUCGUAUUUCUGGUGAUUAUCUUAUCGUUACAGAUGUCUUACCUACUGAUUUUGACGAACUUACUCGCCAAGAACAUCGCCCAUUUCGCCUUCGCCGCUAUUAUGCUAGUACAGGCAUUCUAAUUAUUGUAAUCCCUACCAUCCUACAUGAAGCACUUCAUCUUCAGCUCUAUCGAAGAUACGAGCAUAAGCUUGCUAGAAAUGGUCAAGAGGAAAAUUGGAUUCCAAUUGGUAGCACUACCUUUCGACCACAAGGCCAGCCUGGAGGUGAUAGUGGAGAGGGUGAUUCAAGCGGUGGUCCAAUACCGGAACGUUGCUAUACAGGCGCCUGGCCAACGCUAGUUAUUGAAGCUGGAGACUCCGAGCCUCUAGAUGCACUACAAAAUGAUAUGAGGUGGUGGUUUUCUGCGUCAGACCAUCAGGUUAAUAUUGUGCUUCUCACUAAGCUUGAUCGCCCUAAUCAAAGGAUUAUAAUUGAGAGGUGGGAAGAAGAAAUACAAACGCGCAGAGGCGCUACAACAACACGAAGGUCAGCUGCUAACCCUGUUCAUACGCCAAUAUUGCAACAGAGCAUCACUAUUACCCAGAAUAUGGCCACGAACCCUAUAUCAUACAAUGUUACUAGCGGUACAUUGGUCCUUUCGUUUCGGCUUCUCUUUCUUCGAGAUCCGGGACCACAAGAGGGGGAUUUCGUUAUGAGUAUUGCAGAAUUGCAGGCGUAUGCAAGGGCUGUCUGGUUGAGAUUGGGCUAG